AUGUACGGGCAUCGAGAAAGACUUAUACACGCCUUUUAUACGAAUGGUCAACCAAGCCUCUGUGCUUCCCGGAUUCAAACUCAUCAACGUCGCAGACCGUCCGAUGGGACAUCGGUGAAAGGGAAGAAGAACCAUCCGGACAUCGCCCUCUACGAAAAGGACGUCAACACAAAGGUCAACAAACUGCAGUACGAACGGCUCGAGUGCUUCCUGGAGCUCAAGACUCUCGAUAAGCUCCAGGAUCCCUUCCAGGACCCUUCAAGCAAGACUACACAAUAUUCGCUCGAGUCGACAACCAAAGGUGGCACGCUCUGUAGAGGUCAGAUCGCUGGGUACGCUGCGCAGUGGUGUGCUAGGCAGCAUCGGACGCAUGGGUUUUCAGUUUGGAUCGGCGGCUACUGGGUGCGCUUGAUUCGUUUUGACCGCACUGGUGGCACUGUUUCAGAGAGGUUCGACAUCCGUACACAAGGCGGGCUUUUGCUGGAAUUCUUCUGGCGCCUAACCCACCUCACACGCGCCCAACGCGGCUACGACACGACGAUCCGGGUAGCAACCCCGGCCGAAGAGGCACUGGCGAAGGAGGAGCUUGCGAGGUGGAAGCCGGAGAAGGAACGGCCUGUCGUCGUCAUGCAGGUUCCAAACGGAGAUGCGUUCCGUGAAGUCAUUGCUUGGGGUUCGAUGGCGGAGCCUGAGUCUUUGACUGGACGUGCAACUCGAGGUUAUCCGGUCUGGGAUAAGGAGCUCAAGAGGGUGGUCUUCCUCAAGGAUGCCUGGCGCUCUGACGAAGACGACAUGGAGAAGGAGACCGUCACUCUCUCCAAGCUCAACGCCGCCAAAGUUCAGUUUGUUCCUAAACUCAUAUGUGGAGACGAUUUGCCUGGUCAAGCCACCGAAACGCAUGCACUUGCAGCAGAAGAAUGGAAUCUGGGAGCACAGCCUGAAGACCUCGUCCCUCGGGUCCACAUUCGCUUUACAGAAGAUUUCAUUGGAGUCGAUAUGUGCAACUUUACCUCGUCGAAACAGUUCCUUCAAGUCGUUUUCGACGCUUUCACAGCCCAUCGCGAAGCGUUCGAAAAAUGUGGCAUUCUUCAUCGCGACAUCAGCGGUGGCAAUAUCAUGCUCGACGAGAACGGUCGUGGUAUCCUCAACGAUUGGGACCUUGCUCGAACCGUAGCGGAAAUCGAGAAAGGGGCGAGGCAACGACAUCGAUCUGGUACUUGGCAGUUCAUGUCACACACCUUGCUCGCCAACGUCAAGAAAUUGCACAAGCUGCAAGACGACCUCGAAUCUUUCGUUUGGCUGGUGCUUUAUUACAUUCUCCACUUUAUGGAGCAUUCCAAGCUUGGAGACCUCGAGUCGAUCGCAGCGAGCAUCUUCGAGCAAAAUAGUGAACACAAAGACGGGUCGGUUACAGGUGGAGACGGCAAGUUAGCCGUCAUUUCGAAUCGGGGUCACGUCGGCGACGACUUCAAGGUCGUUGGCAACGACCCACUUACGACGUGGAUCGACGAGGCACUGUGCUCAAUCGAUUUUUGGUACGGCCAUCACAAGAUCGUCCAAACACUCCAGCAGCAGGCGUCCAUCCCUGGGAUGGCUGCCAUCCUCAAGAUGCUCCCCGACGAGAAGAGCCAGCCACUCUAUGACCACCGCGCAUUUGUUAAGUACUUCGAAACCGCGUUGGCGCGCAAAGACUGGCCCAAGAAUGACCCUGCAGUUCCCCGAUUCGAGAUGAAGAAGCGUAGGCGCGACGAUGACAACGAUGAGGGGCUGGAGGACAGUCUGAGUCGAAGAAGUUGA